GGCAUGGAGCUGAACUCGCAGCACCUGGCCAACAUCCUCUGGGCCGUAGCCCGCGUGAGGCCCAAGCACACGGUGACCCGAGCUGCUGCGAUAAGGCUUCUGCCCCGCUGCACCGCCCUGCUGGAGCAGUUCAAGCCGCAGGAGGCCUCGUCGGUGCUGCUGGCCGCCUCCAAGAUCUUCGGUCGCAGCCACCCCGGCGGCAGCGAGGAGGGCGCGGCGCCGCCGCCCGCGGGCCAGCCUGGCGAGCACGUGCAGCACCCUCAGGAGGUCUUGAUGUUCUGCGAAUGCGUCGAGCGGUGGGCGUCGCCGCGCGUGCGGACUUUCUCGGACCAGUCGCUGACCAACAUCCUGGUGGCCCUGGGCACGCUGGGUCUGAGCGGGCGGAGGGCGCUGACGCCUGCGGUCGAGCAGGAGGUCUUGGAGCGCGCCCCGCACCUCCCGGCCGGCAGAUUCAUCGUGCUCUUCAGGGGCCUGCUCUCCAACCCGGCCGUGGAGCCGACCGUCCUGCAGCGCGCCGCCGGGAUGAUGGCGGAGAAGUUCCCGCUGCUGCCACAGGACCGGUGGUCGCUCGCCCGCGUCUUCUCCGCGCGGAGGUCCACGGCGAACAUGACGGAGGAGCAGCUCCUCAAUUGGUGCCUGACCAUGUCUACCGACUUGCAGGUCGCCGUGCAGCAGUCCGCGUGCUGCGGCGGGGGCCCGCCGGCGGACGACCUGGGCUGCGAGGAGCCCCCCGGCCCGUCCGCGGGACGACCCCGCUAUGCGGCCGGCGAGACGCACUUCGAGGGCUCCGACCAGCAGGCGGCGGCCUUCGGCGGCGGCGGCCCCCCCGUGGCCGACGGCCUCGGCCACCACGCGUGCGGCGGGCCCGCGUGCGGCGCUGGCGGCACGCUGCCCCAGGCCGGUGCCCUCCACGGCGGCGCCGACUUCAACGGGUGCGCGCAGCCCUCUCGCGGGCCGCCACAGCAGGCGUGCUUCGAGGCGGGCCGCUUUGGGCAGCCGGCAGCCUGGGCGCCGGGCAUGUCCGGCCCGCCCUACGAGCGGGAGGCGUGGCCGCCGCAGCAGUCCGCCGCCCACCCGGCGCCCCAGAUGCCGGAGAGGCACUUCGGCUCCCGGGCUCCCAGCGGCGCGCACGACGGGCGCUUCGAGUGUGAGGCGUGGCCGCCGCAGCGGGCCCCUGCCGAGGCGCCGGCCUGGGAAGACCGGGCGUGGCCCCGGUCGCGCGCGGACUUCCGUGGGCCCGCCGAGUCGCCGCCGGCCCACCAGGCUUACCAAUACCAUCGCAGCCCAGCGGAAGAUGCUUUCGACGAUCACUCAGCCGCGGCGCAUGGCGCCGCCGUGCAGGCGUCGAUGCCCGCAAGCUCGAGCUCUUCCAGCUCCCGCCCGAGACGAGGGAACGGCGCGCCGCAGUGGCAGCACCCCGACCGGGGCGGGCCCGGCGGCGGCGCUCUCGGCCACGGCGACCGCCGUCCCCGUGCCGCGCCGGGCAGCUGGCGGCAGCCAGAGGGCGCGGAGGCCGCGGCGCCCGCGGGCGCGGGAGGCUGGCGCGCGGAGCGCGAGGCCCCGCAGCUGCCGCCGCCGGCGCGCGGCGCCGGCCUGCGGAUGGAGGUGCGGGGCGGCCGCUGGCACCCAGAGGAGCAGGCGGCGGGUGGCGGGUGGCGGCCCGGGCCGCCGGACGACGGGGAGCCGCCAGGCUGGAGGCCUGGGGCGCGGGGCGGCGGCUGGCAGCUGGAGACGGCAGGCGACUUGGGGUGGCAGUCCGCCGAGUUGGUGGAGGACCCCGAGGCGAUCUACGGCUUCUCCCACGGCUGGGGCGAGGUGGCGGCCAGGCGGGGCGGCCCGCAGGGGUACCCGGAGACGUGGCCCGAGGACGCCUCUGGUGGCUGCCACGCAGGCGCCCAGCAGGGCGAGCCCUGGCCGUCUGGGGGCGGCGCCCGCGGCUGCCCCGCCCCGCCCGCUGGUGACGACGACGGCGCCGCCGCGGCCGGAGACGCGGCGGAGUCGCAGGUGGAGCAUAUGGAGGCGCAGGAGUUUGAGGUGAGGAACACGUUCGUGGAGGCCGCGUCCGACAGAGAGGAGAGAGCGCUCAAGUCCUGGGCGUUCAACUUCAACUCUGCUCCGCCCAUGAAGCCGGCGGCCGUUCCCGCCGAGGGCGCGGACAGGGCGGCCGCCACCGCCGCAGGCGGGGAGGAGGCUCACGUCCGCCGCAAGGCGCCGACGUCGCUGAUGCCCAGCAGCCUCCGGCAGAGGCUGAAGACCACGUUCAUGAAGCUGGACGAGGAGAAGGACCAGGAGCAGGAGGACGCCGACGCCGCGAGCGUGGGAAACCGCUCCCAGGCCAGCUCGACCCCCGCCGCCGGGGCGGGCGGCGACCCAGCGCAAAGCUGAGUCCUGCCGGGCGGCGCGGGCAGGGCUGCGCGCCGUGGCCCUGGAUGCCUCGUCGCUCCCGGCCAGAAGGUCUGGGCGUGCCCGUGUGGCUUUCGACCGUCGUCGCAGGCGGCCGUGGCGACUCGAGGAGCUGUGCAGACCGCGGUUCCACGACGGCAUGCCUCAGCUGCCACUCCCGAAGUGGCCCGAGUCGUCGUGCGUCCUCGUCUUCCUUUCCCUCGCCCUCUCUUCCUCGUCCCUCCCCCCUUUCUGCUGCUCCUCUGUCUUUCCCUUCCUUCUCUCCCGUGCCUCUGCUGCUGCUCCUCCGUUUGCUUCCCCC